GACCCCCAGACCCCCGAGGACAGGAACGGACGCCGCCAGCGCCGUGGGCGCCACUCAGGUCCGGUCCGCGGGGUGGGCGGGGGUGGGCGGGGUCAGGGGGCGGGGCCUCGGCGGUCAUCCCCCUGCCUCCGUCCUUCCUUCUGCUCACUGCCAUCAUUCCUGGCCUCAGAUCCUCACUCACAGGCAUUCCCCAGCCGUCGCUCCCUCCCUCUCUGCUUUUCUGUGUCCAUCGUGAUUAUCCCCCUGCCUCAGAAACUAACUCGUGGUCAUCCCCCUGCCUCACACUGUUUACUCGCGGGCGUCUCCCUGACUCCGUCCCUCCUUCCGCUCACUUGCCAGCAUCCUCCAGCCUCCGUUUCUGCUUCCGGUCACCGCUGCCAUCCCUCUGCCUUGUCAUCUGCACUGAUGGACAUGCUCCUGCCUCAUGCUGUUCACUCCUGGGCAUACCCAUACCCCUGCCUCGCGAUGUGACACUGGGGACAGUGAAGCUGAGGCAGGGGGAUAACCGCGAGUGAGCAGCUGAGGCAGGGGAAUGACCGCAAUGGACCAUGACAGGAACCAGAAGCAUCGUGAAGGGGUCGGGAUCAGGAGGUGGAGUCCGCUUGCGCCCCGGCCCCGCCCCUCACGCCCCGGCCCCGCCCCCAGGCCUCCGAGGCUCCAGCCCCGCCCUCCUAUCAUGGCCGCCAACCUGUGGCUCAUCCUGGGGCUCCUGGCAUCCCACUCUUCAGAUCUGGCUCCGGGUGUCAAUCUCAGCUCAAGCCCUGCCCACUAACUUCCUGUCAUGGCGAAUGAAGUCAUCUCUGCACCCCCCCUUGUCAAUCAAGGCUCAGGCCACGCCCACUGAUGGUGGAUGCCAUCAUCAUCCUGGUCGAAGACAUCACUAAGAGAGGCCCCGCCCCAUCGCUUUCUGUCAUAGGGGACCAAUGAUGUCACCUAGGGACAUGUCACUUGCCUCUCAUGUCAUCUGGGUGUCAAUCAAAGCCUAAGUCCCGCCCACUUCCUUUCUUUUCCACCCCCUCACUUCCUGUCACGGAGAAUGGUGUCAAUCAAAGCCCAGGCACCUCCCACAACUGUGGAUGAUGUCACCUGUCACUCAAGCCCCACCCCACCUCCCCUUGACAACAGCUGCGGUCCGUGAGGCUCCACCCACUGCUGUGACCACGCCCAUCCAGAACCUGCAUAUCGACCCCGCCCACUACACACUGAGCUGGGACCCCGCCCCCGGCGCUGACAUCACGACAGGGGCUUUUUGCAGGAAGGGCAGGGACAUCUUUGUCUGGGCUGACCCCGGGCUUGCCCGCUGCUCAUUCCAGUCGCUCUCCCUCUGCCAUGUGACCAACUUCACCGUCUUCCUGGGGAAGGACAGGGCUGUGGCAGGAUCCAUCCAGUUCCCCCCAGAUGAUGAUGGCGACCACGAGGCCGCAGCCCAGGACCUGCGCUGCUGGGUGCAUGAGGGGCAGCUGAGCUGCCAAUGGGAGCGGGGUCCGAAAGCAACGGGUGACGUGCACUACCGGAUGUUCUGGCGUGAUGUGCGGCUCGGUCCUGCCCACAACCGCGAGUGUCCACACUACCACAGCCUUGAUGUCAACACCGCUGGCCCCGCCCCUCAUGGUGGCCAUGAAGGCUGCACCCUUGACCUCGACACUGUCCUUGGCUCCACCCCCAACAGCCCUGACCUUGUCCCCCAGGUCACCAUCACCGUCAACGGCAGUGGCCGCGCUGGCCCCGUGCCCUGCAUGGACAACACUGUGGACCUGCAGCGCGCAGAGGUCCUGGCCCCGCCCACGUUGACAGUGGAGUGCAACGGCUCUGAGGCCCAUGCCCGAUGGGUCGCGCGGAACAGAUUCCACCAUGGCCUCCUUGGGUACACCCUGCAGGUCAACCAGAGCUCCCGCUCAGAGCCACAGGAAUACAAUGUCUCCAUCCCCCACUUCUGGGUCCCCAACGCUGGUGCCAUCUCCUUCCGGGUCAAGUCGAGGUCAGAGGUUUACCCUCGGAAGCUCAGCAGCUGGAGCGAAGCCUGGGGCCUCGUCUGCCCCCCAGAGGUGAUGCCUGUGAAGACAGCCUUGGUGACUUCAGUGGCUACGGUGCUGGGGGCAGGGCUCGUGGCAGCUGGGCUCCUGCUGUGGUGGAGGAAGUCGCUGCUCUACCGCCUGUGCCCACCCAUUCCACGCCUGCGCCUGCCCUUGGCAGGGGAGAUGGUCGUGUGGGAACCAGCUCUUGAAGACUGCGAGGUGACGCCUGUGACAGACGCCUGAGAACUGUGUGGGGGCUGGGGCAUAGGGAGCGGUGGGCGGGGUCAAUAAAGUGCGUGGAUUCCUGGGA